AUGAAGUUUCAAGGUUCGGCGUAUUUGUCAAUACCAGGUAACGGAAAGCCACGAUUUCAAGCUCCUUGCCUACACUAUGAAAGUAAUUAUAAUGUUCGGAAAGCCUAUAAAAAAUUAUUAGAUCAGUACGGCUUGGAUCAUAUCAGUACUGUUCAUGGCCGCAAAAGUAAUAACGCAAGAAAAGAGUCUAUUGCCAUUAUAGGAGGAGGUUGGUAUGGUUGUCAUUUAGCAAGGGCACUAUCCAUUAGAGGGUAUCCAGUCCAAAUUUUCGAAGCAAAUGAUGAUCUUUUUCAGGGAGCCUCUGCACUGAAUACUUUUCGAUUACAUAGAGGAUUUCAUUAUCCUAGAAGUGUUACAACAAGACUGCAGUGCAAAGAGGGAUUUGAAAAAUUCGUUGAAGAUUAUCCUGCUCUAUCUAAAAUGCAAUCCUCUGCAAUCUAUGCUAUCUCAAAAGAUUUACCAACUAGUAAUAAAGGUAAAUCAGUCAAAGAAGGAAUCAGAUUCAACAAGUACAAAGAGAUAAUGGAUGAGAGCGGCUUAAAUUAUAAAGAUAUCGAAGCGACUGAUCUUAUUAAGUAUCAAAAUAUAGAAGGAAUGGUAGAUACCAACGAAAGAACCAUUUAUGUAGAUCUUCCUCGUGAGUAUUUUAGAUCAGUAUUAACCGGCUUGGGUGUGGAUAUUUCUUACAAUAGCAGAGUAAUUUGUUUACAGAAUAAAGACGAUGGCAAGGUCGAUGUAUCGUAUUAUACUUUUGACAAGAAAUCGAUUGCUUCAGUUAAGAAUCGUACAGAAUCCUUUGAUUAUGUCAUCAAUUGCACCUAUAAUACUUAUAAGCCAAUCAAGGAUUUAUCAGCAACGUAUGAGAGUUGUAUACAGUUGAUUUAUUCCUCGAAAGUAAAAAAUGAGAGACCCUUUAGUUUUUCAAUAUUUGAUGGUGAAUUCCCAUCCAUUGAUCCAUUUGAAUUUUAUUUUAGACCACAUGGGUCUUCUAGCAAGCAAUUCUAUAUUAUGUCGCAUGUUAAAUUGACACCAAUAAAAAAAUAUUCAACUUACUCUGAAGCUAGGCAGCAUCAGUCCAGUCUAUCAAAAGAAGAGAUAGUUGGUCUUAAGGAUGAUUUUGAAAAAGCAUUUCAGGAUUAUUUUCCUGACUUUUAUCGGUACUUUUCUUACGAAGGUUAUGCUUUAUCGAUAAAAUCAAAGCCCAACAUACAGAAGAAAUCAGAGGCAGACUUUCGUGGUGUUAUAACUCGGCAAGAAGGUAAUAUUAUACAUGUUUUUUCUGGUAAAAUUGAUACCAUAUUUCAAGCCAAAUGCGAUGUUUUUAACAUUUUAAAACGUAAUCAAUAA